UCCAGCCCCCCCACAGCCAGAGUCACCAUGGGGGAAGUGGUCCAGAUGCACUUCACCACGGUGGACUACGUCAUCUUUGCCUUGCUGCUGGUGGCCUCGGCUGGCAUCGGCCUCUUCUACGCCUUCUCCGGAGGACGCCAGCGCACCACCCAGGAGUUCCUGAUGGCUGACCGCUCCAUGAGCUGCCUGCCGGUGUCUCUGUCCCUGCUGGCCACCUUCCAGUCGGCCGUGGCCAUCCUGGGCGCUCCGUCUGAAAUCUACGCGUUUGGAACCCAGUACUGGUUCCUGGGCGUCUCCUACUUCCUGGGUCUGCUCAUCCCUGCUCAUGUCUUCAUACCGGUUUUCUACCGGCUGAGGCUGUCCAGCGCAUACGAGUAUCUGGAGCUGCGCUUUAACAAGACGGUUCGAAUAUGUGGAACAGUGACCUUCAUCUUCCAGAUGGUCAUUUACAUGGGAGUGGUCCUAUAUGCCCCAGCGCUGGCUCUGAACGCAGUGACCGGCUUUGACCUCUGGGGGGCGGUGCUGGCUAUGGGUCUGGUGUGUACCCUGUACACAGCCAUGGGGGGCCUCAAGGCCGUGAUCUGGACCGACGUGUUCCAGACGGUGGUGAUGUUCGCCGGCCAGCUGGCCGUCAUCGUGGUGGGAGCCAGUCAGGCUGGAGGCAUCGCCGAGGUCUGGAGGAAGGCGAAGGAGGGAAACCGCAUCGCGGGGCUGGACCUGAACCCCGACCCUCUGGAGCGACACACCUUCUGGACGCUGGGGGUGGGCGGAGUCUUCCUGAUGCUGGCUCUGUACGGCGUCAACCAGGCCCAGGUCCAGAGAUACCUGAGCUCCCGCACAGAGAAGGAGGCCGUCAUGUCGUGCUACGUGGUGUUCCCGUGCCAGCAGGUGGUGCUGUGCUUAGGCUGUCUGAUGGGCCUGGUCAUGUUUGCCCGCUACGGGGAGGACAGUCCUCUGGACAAAGGCUACGUCACGUCUAACGACCAGAUGGUGCUGUACUUCGUGAUGGAUGUGUUCAGGGACCUGCCCGGGCUGCCCGGCCUGUUCGUGGCCUGCCUCUUCAGUGGAGCUCUCAGCACCAUCUCGUCUGCGUUUAACUCCUUGGCCACGGUGACGAUGGAGGACUUGAUCAAACCUCAUUUUCCAAACAUGACUGAAGCCAAAGCCACUCUGCUGUCCAAAGGACUCGCUUUGGCGUACGGCUUGGUGUGUCUGGCGAUGGCGUACCUUGCCUCUAUCAUGGGAUCAGUGCUGCAGGCAGCCUUCAGUAUCUUUGGGAUGGUGGGCGGCCCUCUGCUGGGACUCUUCUGUCUGGGAAUGUUCUUCCCCUGGGCCAAUCCCACCGGGGCAGUGGUGGGCCUGGUAACGGGCCUGGCCAUGGCCUUCUGGAUCGGCAUCGGUAGUUUUGUGAUGCGCAUGUCGGGGGCCGCGCCGGGCCCCCCGGUCAACGCCACCGACCUGCCGCUGUUCGACAACCUCACCACCGCCGUCAUGAGCACUCUGGCCAUCACCACCGCGGCCCCGCCCAGGCCCUCAGGAGUGGAGGCGCUCUACUCGCUGUCCUACAUGUGGUACAGCGCUCACAACUCGGCCACCGUGGUCUUAGUGGGACUGCUGGUCAGCCUGAUCACAGGGCCGAUGAAGGAGAAGGAUCUGACCCCGGGCACGGUGUUUCCCGUCCUGGGUACGCUGCUCUUCUUCCUCCCGGAGCGUUACAAAGAGAAGAUGUGCUGCGUCACUCCUCUGGACAGGAAGCCCAGUGAAAUUAGCACGCAGCCUUAUCGGAUGGCCAAAAAAGACAGCAACGGAGCGGCUUACUGCAGCAAGGACAAGGAGACGGAGGGCAGCGGGGCUCCAGCGGGGGGCGGGGACCCGGACGCCGGGGUCACGACCUCCCCGAGUCAGGCCACCCAUCACACGGUCCAGGAGACGGCUCUGUGAGGGCCUUCGGCGGCCUCUGCUCCCACGCCGCCUUCCAAAGACAGAACGGGAGCCGGUGACUGAUUGUAGAUUUAAAGAGAGUGAGUGGAGCAGGGCGGAUGCUGGUGUCUGUGCGGAGAGGACGCUUCCCUCACUGCAUCGUAUCCGCCGCGUCCAGCCACUGACGGAAUCAGGUAGAUGUUAUUGGAUGUGAAAUCGUUAUUUUUGUAGAGAUGAAAGAACCAAAUCUCAGAAUGAUAUUUAUAAUAAGGUGUAAUAUAAGCAGAAUGAGCCGCUGUCUCACAUUAUGUAGAAGCACAGUUAUUCGUUUAGAGAGGAGAUGAAGUGGCCCUGUC